CCAGCCCCCGGACGUCGAGAGCACACACCCUAGAAGGCUCGGCCGGCGUCGAGGCCCGGACUCUCGCGUGGGACAGACGCACAGCUUCGAGCCGAGCACACCUGGUCUUCCGCCCGUCCCCGUCCCGCGCCGCCGUGAUGCGCACCCGCGGACCUGCGCCGCCCCGGUGGCCGCUGCUGCUGCUCUUGAUGCUGGGCCUCGGGCGAACCGGCGCCCCGGAGGACGAGGAUAGCGACUACGCGGAGCUGGCACUCGCCUUCCCGUCGGAGGAGGACGGCCCGGCCGACGCGGCCCCGCAUGUGCCCUCCGCCACCUUCCACCGCUGCGCCAAGGAGGCAUGGAGGCUGCCCAGCACCUACAUGGUGGUGCUAAAGGAGGGGACCCACCAUGAGCAGACCCAGCACACAGCCCUCCGCCUGCAAACCAGGGCUGCCCGCCGGGGCUACCUCACCACCGUCCUGCACCUUUUCCACCACCUGGUCCCCGGCUUCCUCGUGAAGAUGAGUGCAGACCUGCUGGAUCUGGCCCUGCGGCUGCCACACGUUGAGUACAUUGAGGAAGACUCCUCCGUCUUCGCGCAGAGCGUCCCGUGGAAUCUGGAGAGGAUCCUCCCUGCACGGUACCAGGCAGAGGAGUACAGCGCCCCCAGUGGAGGCGGCCUGGUGGAGGUGUACCUCUUAGACACUGGCAUCCAGAGCGGCCACCGGGAAAUCCAGGGCAGGAUCACAGUCACCGACUUUGAGAGUGUACCCGAAGAGGAUGGGACACGCUUCCACAGACAGGCAAACAAGUGUGACAGCCACGGCACCCACCUGGCUGGUGUGGUCAGCGGCCGGGAUGCAGGUGUGGCGAAGGGUGCCAGCCUACGCAGCCUGCGUGUGCUCAACUGCCAAGGAAAGGGCACAGUCAGCGGCACCCUCAUAGGCCUGGAGUUCAUUCGGAAAAGCCAGCUGGCUCAGCCCGUGGGGCCGCUGGUGGUGCUGCUGCCCCUGGCUGGUGGGUACAGCCGCACCCUCAACGCUGCCUGCCACCACCUGGCAAGGGUGGGGGUGGUGCUGGUUGCGGCAGCCGGCAACUUCCGGGACGAUGCCUGCCUCUACUCCCCAGCUUCAGCUCCAGAGGUCAUCACAGUUGGGGCCACCAAUGCCCAGGACCAGCCAGUAACCCUGGGGACCUUGGGGACCAACUUUGGCCGCUGUGUGGACCUCUUUGCCCCAGGGGAGGACAUUAUUGGUGCCUCCAGUGAUUGUAGCACCUGCUUUGUGUCACAGAGUGGGACGUCACAGGCUGCUGCCCAUGUGGCAGGCAUAGUGGCCAUGAUGCUGAAGGCUGAGCCAGAGCUCACGCUGGCUGAGCUGCGGCAGAGGCUGAUCCACUUCUCUGCCAAAGACGUCAUCAACGAGGCCUGGUUCCCUGAGGACCAGCGAGUGCUGACACCAAACCUGGUGGCCACACUGCCCCCCAGUACCCACAGAGCAGGGGGCCAGCUGCUCUGCAGGACGGUGUGGUCAGCACACUCGGGGCCCACGCGCAUGGCUACCGCCCGGGCCCACUGUGCCCCUGGCGAGGAGCUGCUGAGCUGCUCUAGUUUCUCUCGGAGUGGGAAACGGCGGGGCGAGCGCAUCGAGGACCUCAGGGGCAGGCGAGUGUGCCUGGCCCACAACGCAUUUGGGGGUGAGGGCGUCUACGCUGUUGCCAGGUGCUGCCUGCUGCCCCAGGCCAACUGCAGCGUGCACAUGGCCGUGGCUGUGGCUGGGAUGAAACCCCAUGUUCACUGCCACCAGCAGGACCAGGUCCUCACAGGCUGCAGCGCCCACUGGGAGGCUGAGGAUUUUGGUGCCCACGGGUGGCCUGUGGUGAGGCCAGGUAGGCCCGGCCAGUGUGUGGGCCCCAAGGAGGCCAGCGUACACGCGUCCUGCUGCCAGGCCUCUGGCCUGGAGUGCAGAGUCAAGGAGCAUGGUGUCCCACAGCCUGUGGAGCAGGUUACUGUAUCCUGUGAGGACGGCUGGACGCUGACGGGCUGUAGUGCCCUCCCCGGAGCCUCCUUGGUCCUUGGGGCCUACGCCGUGGACAACACAUGUGUGGUGAAGAGCCGUGCCAUGAAGGUGGUAGGCAGAACCAGUGAGGAAGCUGUGGCAGCUGCUGCCAUCUGCUGCCAGGGCCGGGCCUUGGAGCAGGCCUCCUGGCAGCGCCAGUGACAGCCUUGCCAGGUUGGGGGCCCACAUAGGCUGAGCCUGGGCCUGCAGGGACAGAUGUGCUGCCUGGUGCUGCCAGGGCUCCUUGCCUGGGAGGACUCACCUGGGCCCCGGGGUGGGCUGCAGCCUGGCCCCAUCACACCUCCACCUCCGCAGCACAGCACAGAAGCUGGGCUCCACCUGUGCACAGCUCACGGCAGAGGACCUGCCUGUGUCUGAGCUCUUGCGGUGUGCCAGGCACUGUCAUUUCCCUGAGGGAGGGAGGAUGUGGGGGACCGUCGGGAGCGUUGGGCCAG